GUAGGUGCGGUCCGCUGGGAGGGAGAGGGGAGGAGUCAGUCGUUAAAAGUUGUUCCUGGGCCUGGCCCACCCGCCAGCCACAGACGCUGAGGCCCGGUGUGAGUGCUGUGGCACCUGGCGCGCGCCGCCCAGCAGCUGCGACACUCCAGAGACUGAGCGCGAAGCUGACCACCUCCACCGAACAGCCGGCCGGGAGCCAGCCGCAGGUAGGGCACGCCGGACUGGGCCUGGGCAACACGGCAAGGAGAGAGCAACCUGUCGUGUACCGGGUACCAGACAGCGGAUUUUGCGCUGGACUCUCCCAAAGCUGCCGGCUUGGUAGGGAGCCGGGGCUCCAGCCUAAGGAGGGGCUCUGAAGUUGGAGACGAUACAUACUUUUCAAAGACACGAGUUUCCCUGGAACGACUCCAGACUAGGAAGGCCUUUCUAUUUUAAGGAUACUGGGUUUGGGGAUCAACGUGUCGCUUUGGAGGGUUGUGUAGGCGCCCUCUUAAGUCUUCCCUCACCCCCAUGGCGCUACCCGGCCCCUCACACGACCAGGCCUGGAGCCUGGAACCGCCCGCUCCCACGGCCCCUGCCUCCUCGUCCUCGAGCUCCCAGGAGCGGGAAAGCGCUGGGAGCCCUGUGGUCUCCGGGGGCCUUCCUUUGGAGAAGGUGAAGCGGCCCAUGAACGCGUUCAUGGUGUGGAGCUCCGCUCAGCGCCGCCAGAUGGCGCAGCAAAACCCAAAGAUGCACAACUCGGAGAUAUCCAAGCGCCUGGGCGCGCAGUGGAAGCUGCUGGGUGAGGACGAGAAGCGGCCCUUCGUGGAGGAGGCCAAACGGCUGCGGGCCCGGCACCUCCGCGACUACCCGGACUACAAGUACCGGCCUCGGCGCAAGAUCAAGAACGCGGGCGCCGGGCCGCUCCACUUCGGCCAGGGAAGCGGCAGCGGGCCGGCCUGGGGACCCGGGUACGCGACCACUCAGGGAGGCAGAGGCUUUGGGUACCAGCCCCCCAACUACUCGACAGUCUACCUGCCUGGCGGUUACGGCUCUUCCCACAGUAAACCGGAGGCCCCCUCACCGUGCUCCCUCCAUCAGAGUAACCCUAGGCUCCAGGGGGAGCUGCUCCCCCCUUAUAACCCUUACCCAACCCCAGGAUCUCCCACUCCAUACAACCCUUCUCUUUCUGGGGCCCCCAUGCCCCUAGCUCACCUCUAACUGCCAUGGACAUGGACCUCCCAGGAAGGGCUCCAACCUCCUUUUCCACUCAGAACCACUGCAAACUCCUUUGGCACUGUUGGAGGCCUGUGCUUUCCACCCCCACUCCCCCUC